AUGAGAUGGCAAGCAGUGGUUGUUGGACCGUCAACACCAACGUCAACGUUUAUCGAUCACCAUAUCCUGCGGAGACUCUCCAAGCUAUCAGCGAUGCUUCCUGAAGAUCCCACCGCUCCUGGAAAACAUCUACCAUCCUCAUCUGAUUCUCGUCUGUAUGUCGGUAACCUUUCUCCAGCGGUAGACGAGUUUGCCUUGGUGGCCCUCUUUUCGAAAUUUGGCAAAAUUUCCAAGCUUGACUUCCUAUUCCAUAAGUCCGGAGUGUUGAGGGGCAAGCCAAGGGGAUACGCCUUCAUUGAGAUGAAUCGGCGGGAUGAAGCGCUCAAAGCCAUGGUCGAACUAAACAACAAACCCGUUCGGGGUAAACGAAUUCUGGUCACGCAGGCUAACGAGAGCCAAUAUCAAGAGCAUCAAGCUGCCAAUCAGAGCAAACCCAAACAUCCACAUCAAAACAAUUCUAAUCACCAAGGGCGACCGGGCCAGCGAGGUAGACCUGUAGGCCCUGACCCGAUGAGACCAACGACGCUUUCCAUCUUGAAAUCCCAGCAACAGCCGAAAGGAGUUAACAAUAAGAUUGCUGCGUUGGAAGCGAAAUUGGCUUCGAUGCAACGGCCCGGUAUUUCGUCUGCAACUAACCCCUCAUCUUCCAAUUCUUCUCUCCCAUCUACAUCCUCUCUUUUAUCAUCAAAGCCUUCCUUCCUACCCGAGCAUCCCAACACUCUUCGUGCAGGCGCGCACAAGACUACGUCAUCAAUGCGAUCUUGCAACCCUAUUACCACAACAUCCUUAAGAUCUUCUAAAAACUCGACUGCUCCUUACAGCAAUUUGAAGAACCCUCCCAAUUGGGACGCGAUCGGUCUCACGUUAAAAGAACAACUGAAACGCACUCGAGAGCUGCAAUCAAUCCCUACGAAAGCUGCCAAACCUGCUCCAACAGCUGAUCAUCAGAGUGAUCUUCCUCCCAGCUCAACCAGCCCUCGUCCGAAGAAAAGAAGAAGUUACGAAAACAGCUCAAAAGCUCUUGGGCAAUCGGACUCAAAUCUCGCAAAUACAGAUGGCUCAAACGAGGUUUCUGCACAAUUUACUGAGAAGGCCUGCGAUACUGAGAACGGUUUCAAACGACAGAAAUUAGAUGCCUUUUCUGCUUUAUCCGAACCUUCAGAAGCGUCCACACUACCUGAACCAGUGACGUAG